UCUGGACCUCACCAAAUGACAACGGUCAAACAAUGCAACUUAUUAUGAAUUGAUUGAGUGAGAUUCAUAUGGGAGGAUUCCUAAUUUUCACAAUUCGGACGAUUGGGAUCAGUUUAGUAGAACAAAGAGGUUAACAGGGGGCUCUCCUAUUUGCAGCUUCAGCCUUGAUUCUUUUGCAUCAAAUUGGUGUCAUAAGAAAGUGAGAUGGAGAUGGAAACUACUGUGCGAGCUUCUAUGAACGGAGGAGAUGGACAGUACAGCUACUUCCGCAACUCGUCAGGGCAGAGAAGAGGACUGGAGCUGGUGAAGGACUUGAUAAAUCAGGGGAUUGCUGAAAAGCUUGAUGUGAUUCAACUGCUUUCAUCUUGUUCUCCAAAAAGAUUCGUACUUGCGGAUUUGGGAUCUUCUGUUGGUCCCAACACUUUCUUUGCAGUGCAAAACAUCUUGGAUUCUGUACAAUUGAAGUACCAAUCUUACGGCCCCUCUCAAAAAGUAGUUGAGUUUCAAGUGUUUUUCAAUGACCAAAUCUCUAAUGAUUUCAAUACUCUCUUCAAGAAUCUUCCUUUGGAUAGGCAAUAUUUUGUUGCUGCCGUGCCUGGUGCUUUUCAAGGUCGACUGUUCCCCAAAAGUUCUCUCCAUUUCGUCCACUCUUCAUAUGCAAUUCAUUGGCUUUCAAAAGUUCCGAAAGAUUUGCUAGACAAGGAUUCGCCGGCAUACAACAAGGGGAAGGUUUAUUACACAAAUGCCCCAAAAGAAGUUUUUGAGGCCUACUCAACUCAAUUUGCUAAGGACGUCACAUCUUUUCUGAAUGCCAGAGCGCAAGAGGUUGUCCAUGGAGGGCUCAUGGCCCUUCUGUUUAUGAGCCUUCAGGAUGGGGUUCCUUGUUCGCCAUGCAAUUUGGAAGCAGCUUUUGAUUUGCUUGGAGCCACCCUCAUGGACAUGGUCAAAGAGGGAUUAGUUACUGAAGCAAAGGUGGACACCUUCAACUUUCCCUUCUACACUGCAAGUCCACAAGAACUGAAGGUGUUGAUAGACAAAAAUGCUUGUUUUAGCAUAGAGAGAAUGGAAACCAUAGUCCGUGAUCAAAGACUUUCAGAUGCAGCUGCCAUAAAAUCCAUGAUUUUGCUGCAGUACAGAUCUACUUGUGAAGGUGUGAUUAGUGAGCACUUCGGAAAUGAUAUCAUUAAUGACCUGUUUGAUCGGUACGCCGAGAAAGUCCUAGACUCGGGCAUAUUUUCAGAGUCAACAAGCUACAAGGGAGCGGCUAAGUUGUUUCUCCUUCUCAAGCGAAAUGAUGCUUGACCAUUGAACAAUGUCUCUUUUUAGAGUCAUGCUUUUGAAUCAAGGUCCUGCAGCGCCAUAUAGACUCCUGCAUACUCUCGGGGAGAUGGGGACGACGAAAUCCAAGAUUGUUUGUCCUUUAACAUAUAUUAUUGACAGUCUUCUUCUCACAUUUUGUGCUAUAUAUAAUACUUUU